UACGACAUGCAACUUGAAACUGAGACAGAAAGUGCUACAACAUGGCUGGAAUGGGUGGAGAUCAUUGAGCCUCGAACUCGAGAGCGAAUGUAUGCUAACCUUACCACUGGAGAAUGUGUCUGGGAUCCACCUUCAGGUGUCCGGAUAAAGCGCACCAAUGAAAAUCAGUGGUGGGAGCUCUUUGAUCCCAAUACCUCUAGGUUUUAUUAUUACAAUGCCACAACACAGAGGACUGUCUGGCAUCGGCCUCAGAACUGUGAUAUCAUCCCGCUGGCCAAAUUGCAGACAUUAAAACAGAACACUGACUCGCCAAGCCGUGCUUCAGCGGAGAACAGUCCAGGCCGGAGUAGUAAUAUGAGUAGGGAAGGGAGCACCAGCUCUUCCCUGGAGCAGGAACUGGAUGCUGAUAGGACACAAGAACAAACACGACUAAAACAAGCCCAGCAGAUUAUUGGGAAAGACGAACCAGAAAGGACAUCACCUCAUCGCUGGAUGACUGGAACAAAGGAACGAAUGUUAAUUAAAGUUACAGACCGGGAACCAAGUUAUUUAUUGCAUCAGGGUAACGGGAAUGCUGAGAACCAGCCAGGAACGCGGUCUCGCAGGCCUUCGGGCCACCAGCUGUCACAUGCUCACAGCUUUGCAUCGGAUAGUGAUAACCAGGUCUUCUUUACGGAACGCAAGUCAUCCCCUUACCUGAAAAGGGCAGAGCACAUUGGUGGCUGUUCCCCCAUUCUGGCAAGAGGGGAGCCUUAUCAUUCCCCAAUCCACUACCAACACAGAAAAUAUUCCUUUGAAUCCCAGCCCUCAUCUCCUCGCUAUGGCUAUGAGCCUCCUCUUUACGAGGAACCUCCUGUUGAAUACCAGGCUCCUAUUUACGAUGAACCACCCAUGGAAGUGCAGUGUGAGGGAAUGAGCCUCUACAAAGCUGGGUCACCACAGAAAUCGCCAGUUCGGAAGCCACAUCCGAUGCUUCACUCUCCCAAACAAGGCCAGAACUCUCCUUACCAGCAUCUAAUAUUAACAAAACAAAAAUGUCCAGAGAAAUCCAUGAGUUUAGAAUACAGUCCAGUGGGCAAAGAACUUGUGAAGCAGCUGGUGUACGUAGAGCAGUCUGGCUCUAGCCCAAAGUUCAAAACAAGUACAAAGCAUCGAUAUUCACCUAGUGCUACAUCCACUAUUUCUUACUCGUUACAGCACAGCCAUUCAUCGGUUAGAGACCUUCAGUGUUCUGAUUCAAGGUCUGCUGAUUACAAUGGCCUGGAAGGAUCUGAAGCCAGGUAUAGUCAGCAAGGCAACCAGCUGAUUCAGGAGGACUCCAUGUCAUGGUCCAGCCAGCACGACUCGUUAUCUUCAAUAGGCUACUCGCCAAACACAAGGAAAAGGAAAAGCAGGAAGCCUUCACUGACCCAAGAGACUUGUGGUGUGGUAGGGGAGAGUUGCGGAGAAAUUAACCCUGUACCUGAGCGGCUGCUGGCUGAGGAGCGGCACUCGCCCCUCGACAAGACUGAGAUGGGCCAGACUGACAACAAGAGCGUUGAGGCAGAGAUGCUGCGGGGAUACUCCGAUGUACACACAACCCAGGCAAGACUGGCACGGGAGGCACAGCAGCUACAUCACAUCAAGCAGCGCAGCAGCUGGGAUUCCCAGAAAGAAGUGUCUGGUUAUGAAAGUGACGGGGCCCUUCCUCUACCUAUGCCAGGGCCUGUCGUUCGGGCUUUCAGUGAGGAUGAAGCACUGGCUCAGCAGGAGGGCAAACACUGGAAGAGGAACACAUUUGAAAAGCUUGGCUUCCCUCAAGUGCUACUGGAAAAGAGUGUUUCUGUACAAACUAACUUAGCUUCACCGGAACCUUACUUACACCCAUCACAGUCUGAAGACCUGGGCACUUGCAGUCAGUACGAAAUCGGAAGGCAGAGCCGGAACAUGAUGCCCAGUGCUAGCUGUGUCUUCCCCGGAUUCAUGCUGCGAAAGCCGUCCUCCGAGACAGAUAUUGAGAACUGGGCUUCCAAACACUUCAACAAGCAUACACAGGGAAUUUUCCGCCGUAAAGUCUCCAUUGCUAACAUGCUGGCUUGGAGCAGCGAGUCGAUCAAGAAGCCCAUGAUAAUGACGGCUGACCGUAAUGUGAAGAAAGAAGCAUGCGAAGUGUUCAAACUGAUCCAAAUGUACAUGGGGGACCGGAGGGCCAAGGUGGACCAGGUUAACGUGGCACUAGAGAUCGCCACAAAGGGUUGGAGCAUGCAGGGCCUGAGGGACGAACUCUACAUCCAACUGUGUCGGCAGACUACUGAAAAUUUUAGAUAUGAGAGUCUCGCUAGGGGCUGGGAAUUAAUGGCCAUCUGCCUGGCCUUCUUCCCUCCUACUCCCAAAUUCCACUCCUACCUAGAAGGCUAUAUCUACAGGCACAUGGAUCCCGUGAAUGAUGCAAAAGGUGUUGCUAUUAGCACGUAUGCUAAGUACUGCUACCGUAAACUACAGAAAUCGGCUCUGACUGGAGCAAAGAAGGGACUUCGGAAACCCAGUGCGGAUGAGAUCAGACAUGCCACAAAUGCUGUUUUCUGCCCAUCCAUGUUUGGUAGCUCUCUGGACGAGAUCAUGAACAUGCAACAUGAGCACUAUUCAGACCGACAGCUGCCAUGGGUCCAGACUAGACUCUCUGAGGAAGUGCUGAAACUCAAUGGAGCACAGACUGAGGGUAUCUUCAGAGUUCCCGGGGAUAUCGAUGAGGUUAAUGCUCUCAAACUUCAAGUGGAUCAGUGGGUUAUUCCACAAGGGCUGACAGACCCCCAUGUUCCAGCCUCACUGUUGAAACUGUGGUACCGGGAACUAGAGGACCCACUCAUCCCUCAUGAGUUUUAUGAACAGUCUAUCAACCAUUACGAAAACCCAGAGGCAGCAAUUGCAGUCGUCCACUCCCUACCCAAGCUCAAUCGGCUGGUCCUUGGCUACCUCAUCCGCUUCCUACAGAUUUUUGUCCAACCGGCCAAUGUCUCUGUGACCAAGAUGGAUGUCAACAACCUAGCCAUGGUCAUGGCCCCCAACUGUCUCCGCUGUCAAUCAGACAACCCCCGGAUCAUAUUCGAGAACACACGCAAAGAGAUGUCCUUUAUCCGAGUACUAAUCCAACACCUGGACACCAGCUUCAUGAAAGAUGUGCUAUAGCAAGGAGAGUUUAAAGAAAACUAGAAAAAAGGAACAGAAACAAACAGA